GGUCCCGACAGUCGUACGCGUGACGCCGAUGCGUGUUGAUCGUCCGUCUUCUCGUUGCCGCCGCCGCACCGCCGUCGAUCUCGUGCGAAAGAUUUUCCGACAUCAUUUUUCGUCGCGAUUAUUUUUUUUUUCGUUUCGUUUCGUUUUUUUUUUUUUUUUUUGUUUAAAAUUUUUUUCCAAUUUUACGUUGUUUUCUUUGCCCGACGAUAACCGUCGCGUAUAUUAUGUCGAUCGCCGACGGCCGUGAUAACGACCAGGAAAACUUUUCGUCGUCCCGUCCGCUGUCUCGGUAGUACACUUUACCGCGCACCCAUAAACACUUACUCGUCUCGCUGCUACUGCUGCUGCUGCUGCUGCCGCUCCGCCAAUCCACCGACGUGUGUACGUCAACCAAAUGAACGAGUAUGACGAAUCGAUUGGAGAUUUUUGUCAUGUGCGUGGCCCUAGUGAUGGCCUCCGCCGGUCGGGCGUCGUCAAACGAACAAUCUUUCGCCGUCGAACCAGAAGAUCUGAAUGCGGUAGUGGACUCGACGGUUUCGCUACCGUGUAGGGUCGCCGAUCUUGCUGGGCAGCUGCAAUGGACCAAGGACGAUUUCGCACUGGGAACCAACAGAAAUCUAUCGUAUCACGGUUACCCGAGAUACGCGAUGACCGGCAGCGACGCGAACGGCGAAUACAACUUGAAACUGAAUCCCGUGACUCUGGACGAUGACGGCGUGUACCAGUGCCAAGUGGGCACGGGAAAGCGGGACGAACCGGCUAUCAGGUCUAGGAAAGCGACGCUGACCGUUCUGGUGCCGCCGAACCGACCACGGAUCGUGCAGGGCGAGAAAAUCCACAUCACGGAAAACUCGCCGAUCGAACUGGAGUGCAUAUCCGAAGGUGGAAAACCACAGGCAGAGAUCACUUGGACCGACGGCUCCGGUAAUCCGAUCGAAGACGGCGUUGAAUCGUCUAGCCAUCCCAUGGCAGCCGAUAGCAAACGGUUCACCACCAAAUCCAUUCUGAAAAUGAUACCGAAAAUGGAACACCACAACACGUCGAUAUGGUGUCAGGCGCACAACUCGGCUGUUGACAAAAAGUUACAGACGAAAAUCCAUUUGUACGUCAAAUUCGCUCCGAAGAUAACGCUGACCAUUGCCGGGACGUCGAGGAAGCUGGUCGAAGGGUCAGACGUGCAGUUUUUGUGUCUGACGAAAGCCAACCCACCGGAUGUGUCAUACCGGUGGUUCGUCAACGAUCAGUUCGCGCUGAGUGAAGUCACAUCUGAAUUGUGGCUGUUUAACAUAACCAGAAGGCUGCACAAUUCGUUGGUCAGGUGCGAGGCGCAAAACUCCGUGGAAAAAACCGAGGAAUCUAAAGCGUUGAACAUAUUAUAUAAACCUCAGUUCAAAAAUCGACCGAAAAACGUUCAAGCGGAUUUCGGAAGUUAUGUAACAAUUAUAUGUGACGUGGACAGCAACCCACCACCAACCAUCGAAUGGACGUUCGAGAAAACAAAAAAAGUGAUGAGCACGACUAGCAACUUGACGGUGCUCGUGUCGAAUACGACCAUCGGCCGGUACCACUGCAAAGCUACCACCACAGGGUUUGGCGAGGUGAACGCCGAGGCCUCGGUGUCCAUGAGAGGCAAGCCGGUCAUCGACAGCCCACAUAUCCAGCACGGCACGCCGUCCGAAACGGUCCGGCUCGAGUGCGUCGCCUCGUCCGUGCCGGUCGCCGACCGGAUAGUUUGGACUUAUCACGGCACAGUCAUCGGCACCAGGAACGAUCAAAACUAUUAUUCGGUACUGGAAGACCCGACGGAAGAUGGCGUGAAGAGUACGCUGAUUAUCAGGAACUCGAGACAGGAACAGUUUGGAAACUAUAAUUGUACGGCGUCCAACGACUACGGGUCCGACUCGAUCGUCAUCGUGCUAGUGCCAAAAAAAGACUUUAUGCUAAUCUUAGCAAUCAUUGGUGCCGUGGGCGGAAUUAUAGUCAUGAUUAUGAUUUUCUCCGUCAUCGGGUUUUGUCGACGUUCGACGUCUCAGAAAAAGAAGAAAGCCAAAUCUGAUUUCGGCGCAGAGUCGGACACGGACAACAAGCAGAGCGCCGCGGCCAGGGAAUCGGACGCUUCGUCUAACGUGUCGGACAUCAAAAUGGAGACGGGCACCGGAUCGUCGCUGAGCAAUUACCGGUACAAGAUCGACUACGGCGCGGACUCGAUGACGGUUACCACGACUGCGACCGCAGUAGACGACCAGCAUCCGCGAUCCGCCACCCCGAAGAGCGGCGGCGGCGGUAGUCAGACGACCCUGUCCCGCGGCAUACCGUUGGCCGGCCCGGUACCGGUCGAUCCCAGAUACGCCACUGCAGCCGGUUACCUGGGGCACCUGCACCAGCACACGAACGUCAUGCACCACCCGCUGGCCAACGGCUCCGUCAUCGGCGAUUACGCGGACCCGCUCAACUACGUCAGAUACACAAACAACCAUCACGCCGACCGGCCGACCAGCAGCAACAACGGUUACAUAGCGGCCGACCGGCUGUACGACCUGAACCCAAUGCCGCCGCCGCAGACGGUCAUCGCCCUGUCGUCGUCGUCGUCGUCGUCGCCGUCGCCCAAGCCGUCGGACGCGUCCGCCUCCAGGACGUCCACCGGCGGCGACCCGGCCACGCUGCUCCAGUACUCGGCCACGUACGGCAACCCGUACCUGCGGCCGACGUCGGCGCAGUGGCCGGCGCAACCGCCGCGGCCGCUGCAGCAGAAGUACGACGCGUACGGCCGGCCCGAACCGCCGCCGUACAGCGCGGUCGGCAAGGGCAAGCGGAAAACCGCCGCGGCCGUCCACGGGCCGCCGUCCGCCGCGGCCGUGCCCGUCGGGCCCAACUAUCACAUCGGCGUGGCCAAGCGGCAGACGCUGGCCACGCACGUCUGAACGGCCGGUCGAGGAGUCCGGCGCAACAAAGGCUGAUGAACUAUAUAGUCGUAUUAUAUUAUAUUAUAUAAGUUAUAGCGCUGUGUGUGUGCACAUGACCAUCGUUGCGUAAACGGUGACAUCCGUGUAAUAGUAAAUAAAAUUAUAUUAUUUUAUCUAUAUAAUGAUAAUAAUAUUAUGUAUAGUGAUCGUCUCUCGGACUCUUCGGGCACGACGAACUUUGUGAGAACUUCGAAUAAUGUCCGUUCAGUUCGAGUGCACGCGUCACACGAGAGAUUGAUUUUAAUUAUUUUUUUUUUUUUAGUUAUUAUUAUUUUUUUUUUUUUCUUAAGUGUUCUUUUACUACUAUUUUUGCGUUUUUUAAAACUUGUUACGGUUGAAUUAUUUUUGAAAAAUCGGCAGAGUUCGAACUGCAGUUCUAUUAUAUGUAUAUAUAUAUAUAGUAUAAUAAAAAAUCGAGUUCCACAAAACACCCCUAAAAUGCCAUCGUGACUAUAUUUAAUGAUGUUAUUGUACACGAAUAAUAAAUAUUGUACGGUAAAUAAAGCCGUCUGGGGGUGAACCACGAAGACCUCCCCUAUCGAUCACACCGACCGAGCCGAUUGUCUUGCGAGGGCCGGUGCGACGAUCAAUUAUUAAACGAUAUUGUAUGGUUUGUGUGUGCCUACUGUAUCGUGUGGUUUCCGACGAUUGGAAAAACGAUAGAAAACGGUUAGAGUUUGAAAACAAAUUCAAUUGCGCAACAACAUAAUGCUGUAUUGCCUUUAAACCGUCGACAGGCAAGAACGCGUCACAAACACGAAAAUUUAUACUAGACACCUACUUUACGUCUUUUAACGUUUUUCUUUUCAUUAUCCGAACCCGACCUAUUCAAUAAUUAUUUAAUUAAUUUAAUACUUUUUGUUUAUUCUUUACUCGUUAAUACAUACAAAUAUAUGUAUUUAAUUUGUUUUUCAUCACUCAAAGUGUACAAGUGGUAUUAAUUGUGGGAAACGCUUACUAUACUGAGAUUUAGCCGUUUUUUUAAAAAUCUUUGGAAGUGAUACUAUUUUUUUUCUCUAUGUCGUCGGGAAUUGUACGAUGCAUAAACCUACUACUAGCCCUUAUCGUAACGUAUAAUAUACUGUUAUAGGUGUGAUAAACGACAAAACCAAAUUUUUGUUGGACUUUAAAUAAUACGAAUUCGUCGUGAAUCGCCACGACAGUACAAUAUAAUAUAUAAUAUCGACAAAAACCGUUAUCGUUUAGCUGCGAUGUCGAAACCCGUCACUGCGCACAGUCGAUACGGCUCUCGUGUGUAUGUCCCCGCACUGUUAUACGAAUAGAUUUUUGAAUCCUAACCAAAUAAUAUGAUAUAAUAAAUGUAGGUACGCGCGCCGUUCUUGAAUAUUUUAUCAUGGUUAUGUGGGUAAGGUCGAAUGCACUCGAGGCGGAAAAGGGCAAUAUUGGACUCGUUAUAUAAUAUAUACGACUACACAUUAUUAUAUCUUAUAAUCAUCGAUUUUAGACAAUAUAAAACCUAUUUAUACCAACGAAUAUCAAUUGACGGUCGAAAGAAUAAUAAAUUCGUAUCUCAACUGCAAUAUUAAAUUUCAAUAAGCAUAUUGUUUUCAAUUAUAAAAAUAACUACAUUAUUAUAGGCACGCAGCUUCAAUUAAAAAAAAAAAAAAAAAAAAACAAUGAAAUAUACAAACAUUUUUUUUUCCAAAUUAAAUAAAUAGCUACGAUUUUACGUUUAUUUCUAAAUCAGUCACGUAUUUUUAUAGCACUCGGUCCACACGCACACACUGCGGGUCAUGGAAUAUUGUCAACUUAAAUAAAAAAAAAAUAUUUAAAAUUCCUGUACGGAAUCGAGCGCCGCAAUCCGAACAUUACUUUUUUUAAACCCGCGGAGUGAUGCGAUUCCGACAUUUCGAUUGGUUUGGUUAACGAGUGCAGUUCGACAAUGCCCACGUAGUAGUCGUUGUUGCCGCGCCGUCGAUGAUAAACACGUUUUUACUGUACCUAAAUCCGAUAUAAAGUCAAUGUUAAUCCGUAUAGCUGUACCGUUUAUACACAGAGGUGGAUCGUUCUGGUUACAGGUUUAUAACCGCACUAGAUUUUUCAAAAUUAAUCGAUCUACUCUGAUAUGAUAUACUCUGUUGAUAAUUAUUAAUGGUUAAAUAAUGAUAAGUAAAAUUUUAGAGUUUGACGUUGUUCUAUAUAUUAUGUUAUUAUAUAUAUUUCUUUUUUACUUUUCUAUACGCGUUGUCGCCUCGAGUCUUCGACUUUUUACUAAACUGCACUCUGGUCCCCGCAGUGUUUUGACGGGGUGCAGAUUGCUGCAGUUGUUCCGACUGUUGUAUAGCUGAUGUUACUACACGUCUGGUCGAGAGACGUCGGCCUCGUUCUGUCGCGGUCGUCACCGCGAGUCGCACGUCGCUCGAUUCUCUCCCGCGUGUAAUAUACAUAAUGUUAUAGGUAUAUAAUAUAUAUCGUAAGCUUAGAGGUAUAUGACUAUUGCUAUCUCUCCGAAUUUCGCGCCACUUCCAUUCCCGUCCCGACCCCGCGGCGACUCGCCGUCAAAUAAUAAUAAUAAUAAUAAUCAUUGUUUGUUUUGUUUUCUUCUACCGGUUCCAUCGCUGUAUAACUCAAAAUCGUCUAAUAACAACGUAUGUAUGUAUAUAUGAUUGCAUAAUUAUCGCGGUGUGCUCGCGGGCGAUCCGUCUGCCGCUCGUUAUAUUAUAAUGUGAUGCGCACCUCGACGUAGGCAGAAGCGCGUAGUCCUGUCCGAUAUAUACACAUGGAUAAUACGUAUUAUGUGAUACGAUAUUCCGUAAUAUACGAACGACGGAUAUCGAUGGCUCGGAGCGGUGCACACGUGCACGGACUACUAUUAUGUAAUAGUGUCUAUUUUUUACCCGAGAUUUAACGUUAAAGUACCGUUAAACAAAGUACCUACACCUAUACUGCAGCGGUAUAUACAGCGCUCAUAUUGAAUUCUGUUUGUUUUUGAAUAUAUUAUUAUAUUAUAUUACAUUGUGUGUACCCGGCGUGUUUCUCGUCGUCCGUUUAGAUAAUAUAGGACUACUAUAAUACGUAUAUAUAGGUACACAUGGUAUCCACCUAUACUUUUCAAAACCGUUUUCAUAUUGAUAUUACACAACAUCAUCUGAUGUAAUGAAAAUAAAAAUAAAUCCUGAAACCGAUGAAGCUCGCCGACUCGUCGAUCUCAUACGUUUUGUGACUCGUUCGAUGACAUAAUAUAAUAACGCAGUGACGUGUGCUCUGUAUACGGCCAUCGAUAUACUACGUAGUAGUGUUUGCGAAAACUCGCCGUUUUUGCAGACUAUAGGUAAUCGCGCUGGCGGAUGGGUAUAAUAAUAUAUGCUAUAUAUACACGGUUCAAACAAUCCCUCCUCGCUAACCCCAUCCCCCUUCCUCCCAAAAACGGUAACGUUUCGUUUCGUCUUCGAAUUUCGGGUAAUUUCGUUUUCGUCCUAAACAUUUUUUUUUUUUUUAUAAUAUAUCUUUUAAGCGGCGGGCGUGCUACAAAAAUAUUAUGAUAUAUAUAUUGUAUUAUAUAUUAUAGUAAUACGAGGCUGCCCUGUACAGGUGAACAAUACAAUAUUGGUAAAUUAUUAUUAUAUAAAACUAUAUAUGUUACGUUACGUUAUUAUUUUAUAAAUUAUAAUAUAUAUUUAUAUAUAUAUAUAUUAUAUUAUAUAGUACCUAAUAUGAUUAUAUGAAUGUGUUAGCCUAUAAGAUAAAUAUAUUAUAUUAUUAUGUAUAUUGUUUGAUUAUUGUGUAUCUACGUGUAUAAGUGUUUAUGUUCCAAACAAAUAUGAUCUAUAUAUUAUUAUAAUAAAUUAAUAUUACGAUAAAUGUAUUAUUGAAAACAUAAUAUAUAGUAUAUAUAUAUAUAUAUUAUUAGACUAUAUAAAUUAUAAAUAAAUGUAUUAUUAUUACUAUUAUAUUAUUUACCUACGUUUCGAUAGAUAAGUAUUAUUAUUGAUAUUUUUUUUUUUUUGUUAUUUUGAUCGUUAUAUAUUAUAUAUAUAUAAUAUAUGAUAAACAUAUUAAUGUGUAUCGUUUACAAAUACGAAACGAUUUAUUUUAAAAUUAUAGACGAAUGUGUACUUAGUUUUUUUUUCAUUUAUUAUUAUUAUCAUUCUUUUUUUUCUUAAAUAUAACUAUACGAAAAAUCAUUAUGUAAAUAUUAUGACGUUAAUAUUAUAUAUAUAUAUACCUACCUAUUAUUUUAAUUUGUAUUAUAAUAAUAUUACAUUUUAUGCCAUUAUUGUGUAAAAGUCUACCUUACCUAUAAGUGUGUGAAUAUCAUCAGAAUAUAUAAAAUUAUAAAAGAAUUUUCGAAAUAUA